CCCUCAUGCCGGCCGGCGGCUCCGCCGAGGCCGCGCCGCGCCGCCGCCACGUCGGCUUCCGGCAGCAGCGAUCAACAACCGGGGCAGUGCCCGCCGCGGGCAGCGGCAUCCGGGGCAGAGCCCGCCGCCGAGAGUUCCAUGCCAGGGAUGGAUUUCACAGAAGCCUAUUCUGACCGAUGCUCGGCUGUGGGCCUUGCAUCCAGAGAAGGAAAACUUGAAAUCCUGAGGGAAUUGAUAAAUCGAGGGUACAGCAUCGAUGUCCCAGAUAACAGGAGGUGGUUGCCCAUCCACGAAGCGGCAGCACACAAUUCCAGUGAGUGCCUGAAGCUGCUUAUUGAUACAGCCCCAGAUGAGGACUACAUCCACUCCAGAACGUUCGAGGGGCUGUGUGCUCUGCACCUCUCGGCCCGUCAUGGCUCUGUGGAAUGUCUCCGGCUUCUCCUGGAAGCUGGGGCUGACCUCGACAACGUCACCACGGAAUCUGCCACCACCCCGCUCUUCCUAGCUGUUGAAAAUAGACACCCAGAGGUUGUCAAGUUUCUGCUCCAACACGGAGCAAAUGUUGAAGGUUCUCAUUCGUGGUCUGGAUGGAAUUCUUUGCACCAAGCUUCUUUUCAGGGUUCCACUGAGAUAAUGCAAAUGCUCCUGGAGAAAGGUGCCAGCAAGGACUGUCGGGAUGACUUUGGAAUUACCCCCCUGUUUGUGGCUGCUCAGUAUGGCCAGCUGGAGAGUCUGCAGCUGCUUUUGUCCCAUGGUGCAGAUGUCAACUGCCAGGCCAAGGACAGGGCCACCUCCCUGCUGAUUGCUGCACAGGAGGGACACCUGGACUGUGUGAAGCUGCUGCUGACUGCAGGGGCAGACCCAAACCUCUACUGCAAUGAGGAUAACUGGCAGUUACCCAUUCAUGCAGCAGCUGAGAUGGGCCAUGCAAAGAUACUGGAGCUGCUGAUUCCAGUCACUGACCGGGUUUGUGACAAGGGCGAGGGCAAAGUGAGCCCGGUGUACUCAGCGCUGUACGGCGGGGACGGGGAGUGCCUGGAAAUGCUGCUCAAACAGGGCUUCAGCCCAGAUGCUCAGGAGUGCCUGGACUUCAACUGUAGGUCCCCCAUGUGCAUGGUCUUCCAAAAGCAGUAUUAUCAGUUCAUCGAUGUUCUCCUGAAAUAUGGGAUCACCCUGCAUGGAAUUAACUUGGCACACUGCCUGUGCCAUAAGAAGUUUGCUCUGUUCCGGCGCUUCCUGAGGCUGGGCUGUUCCCUCCCCUCGGGGGAAGAAUUAAAAGACUUCAUCCACUACAGCAGCAUGGUGCAGAAGGAAUACAAGGAAUGGCUCCCCUGCCUGCUCCUGGCUGGCUUCAACCCCGUGAAUUUGAUGUGCAGGUUCUGGAUUUUCUCCAUGAGUGAGGAUGUCCUUAAUUUCGUCCUGGAGUUCAUGAAUUGGAGCAGACUUCCUCCAGUUGUGGAGCAACACUUUUCCCAAUACAAGGAGAAGUUCACUUGGAAUUCCAAGAGCCAUUUUGCCUUCCUCCCUCCCCUAUCCCACCUGUGCCGCCUGGAGAUCCGAUCCCUGCUGGGGAGCGAGCAGCUGCGCUCAGAGCGCGCCAUACGGGAAUUGCCGCUGCCAGCCUGCCUGCAGGACUACCUGCUCUACCUGGAUGUGCUGCGAGCCAGCUCUAUCCCAGACCUACAGGAUUCCCUGGAGCAGGGACAGCAGGGAGCUCCUUGCAGUUACCCCGUGGCUGAGGGUUUGGAAAAGGGACACCAGUAACACCAAUGCUCCAUGCCUGGACUCUGCAGUUGCAGGUUUUGUAAUGGGAAUCAGGAGACACAGGAGGAGCGCUGCCAUAAAUGUUUGUUGUAAUCAUUCUUUUCACACUGUAGGUUUAUACUACAUCUAGAAGUUUCCUAUGAGUUCUAUGAUUUACUUGUUUAAAAUCUGUUGUAGCUUUCCAAGUGAACAUUUUCUUUUCCAACUCUUGGGGAGUAAAAUGAGCUUGUUCAGUGAACACAGAUUACAGAGUAGUCACAAUCUGUCAGAUGACACUUUAUUCCAAAUAAAGCAUUUACCAAAUG